AUGUCCACUGACGCUCAGAUUGAAGAAACUAUCAAAUAUGUUACUGUGCCUGUGGAGAAGGAAGUGAUAGUGAAGGUUCCGAAGACUGAGUAUGUGGAUCGUAUUGUGGAGGUACCGAAGGUUCAGUACCAGAUGGUGGAGAAAGUAGUGGAGGUUCCGAAAGUGAAUUUCGUCGAGAAGCUGGUGGAGAAGGUGCAGUAUGUGGAUAAGGUGAAGCCUAUACCGCGCGUGAAGACGAUUGAGGUGCCUGUGGAAACGGUGACUUAUGUGAACAAGGUGGACGUACAAGUGGUGGAGAAGGAGGUGGAGGUGCCCGGUCAGAUCAUUGAGGUGCCGAAACGGGUGGAAGUGGUGAAUGAGAAAAUCGUGCACAAGUACAUUGACAAUGAAGUGCCGACCGUCGUGGCUCAGACAUACCGCCCCAAUGUCGAAGAGAGCCAAGAACAUGUGCAGACGGCCAAGCUGAAGAAGUACGUCCCCUAUCUCAUCCCCGUCCAGGUAUAUGUACCGGUGGCAGUGGAUCGGGACUUGGUCCCGGGCGAGCAGACUGAGAACAUGAAGCAGGUUGACAUACCAGCGCCGCAGCUAAAUGCGCAAAUCAAGAACCUGAACCCGAACCUCUCAGAGGAAGAAUUACUCAAGCUCUACAAACGGAACCCCGAUGGGUCAGUCGCUGUAUUUGAAGGUCCCGGCACGGGGGUCAUAAACCCGCAAGAGAAGCACCGCUUUGUCAACCCCGUCGGAACCGCCACUCCCGAAAUGAUCCAGACGACUCACGGCCAAACACGAAUCCAGAACAUGUCCAUGAUGAACCCCAGCAUCUCAGUUACCCCGGGAAACUACGGUGGCACCAUCACAACAAGUACGACACACUCCCGCCUCUGA